AUGCCUCAGCUUUACUACAAGGUGAAUAUCUAGACUUCAUUCAUUUGCCGGUAUUAUUGAAGUCGGCGCCUGUUAUUGCCAAGCGGCAGAACAUGCCAGACAGACAAUAGUAAUAGUGCCAGCCGUCGUAUCCCGUCACUAAAAUUCUCCUCCUGGGACUGUCGUAUAAAUUAGGUUUUGAACAGACCGGUACGGAUGUGGACAACAUGUUUUGCUCAUUGCACGACUCAAUUAAUCGAUACAUUUUCAGGCGCGACUGGAAUACUUCCAAGGGGAAGAAAGUGAUAUGCUGAAGCGCGGACAAGAUCAAGCAUCGAAGCUUCUGGAAUGGUACAAGGAGCGACUUCUAUCCGUCCAGAAGAAGGCGCGACUUUUGCAACAAGGCAGCGUUUCGCUGGUAAGCACAUUUUUCAGAUGUGUUGUUUUCUUCGGAUAGUCCAGGGACGACAUUUCGUUUGUUCUCUUCUCUUUCCAAAUGUGAUGAGGGCGCGUUGAGUACAUUGAGUACGACGCCCUGCCAAUCUCCAGAGAAUAGAUGAAUACUAUGAAGUCUGUCACGAGUGUUCCAUCCUGAGAAAAUAUAUUGAAUGAUGGACAUGAUGUCAUCUACGUUUCAUCAUUCGUAUAGCUAGUUCCGUGGGCGCAACAUACAAUCAGCAAUCGUUUCGUGUUGCACAUUAACCACAGUAGUCCUGAGAAACCUAUCCCAUUAUAUUCAUGGGUUGCGUAGCCAUAGGAACCAAUUUUAUCUACUUUCUUGGAAGUGAAUAAGCUGAGGAAAAGCAAUUGGGACAAAAAAUUGUGAUAUGCAGAACAACGCAAGAGGGACCGAUGCUGUGAAGCUUCAUGUAGUCGCCUGUGUUUUGGACGAACAUUAAAAAACAUCCUAAAAAUGAGGAGGGUCUCGAAAGGUCUCAAAAGUACAUCUACAUACAAAAUGUUCUUAGUUCUGUCUGUCUACCAGUCGUACAUCAACAUUCCUUCAGGAUCCAGCAGUUCACGAGCAGAAACUCAACUUCUUGAGAGCUCACAUCACCGAGUUAAAUCGCAGGAUUUUGGCCGUGAUGGAAACGAGUGACAAAGGAUUCCCGGCGCAUCAUAACAAAACGGUAUGUGGGCAAACCAAUGAGCAAUUCAUUUGGAGCCCAUCCACAGUAUUCUCUUGACGCACGAGAACUACAUUUGGAUGGGAUGCGAAUGUAUUCGAUCAUGCGCUUCUAUACGAUGUACAACUACAUUUUUUUGAAUAAUAUUGCUCAUGACCGCGCUAUUGAAAACGAAUGGAAUAAGAUUUGGAAUUGAGAGAGUUGAGAAAGGGACCUGAAGAUUCUUUGCAAAGUAAAAUAUUCCGAGAAACAUUUCGCGAUUAUGUACGCUCUGCGCCGAGCCAGAUCCCGAUAGGUAAUUGAGAGUAACAUCAUCCUUGUCACUUUUCGUUAUGCUCCCACCUUUUACAGAUUUAUUCCCUUCUUAGUGAAUCUGAUCUUCCCAAAUGACGUGAACUUUUCAGACAUCCAACGGCGGUUCUUCAAACGGACCCAAUGACGAUCAGUUGGUUUGGCUGCAUCGUCAGAACCAGAGAUUGAACCAGGUGAGGCACAAAGGCGGUGUGACGUCACAAACCUUCUCCCAUUGCCCUAUCAUCAUCCCUCCCCAUCACUCGGAGAAAUUUAAAAAUAAACAGUGAGGGUCAACGAGCGAGAUGAGUGCAAAAACAAUUUAUCAGUCCUUGUCGCUGAUGUAGAUCCGCCCGACACAUUGAAAUGAUAAAUUACGUUGUUUUAUCCUAUCUGUUUCUGUUUUCAGGAGCUCGCCGAGAAAACCCAAAUGAUUGAUCAGCUGAAAAGAGAAAACGAGUUGGUCAAGAAGAGCCAGCAACAGAGAAUGGACAGGUUUGCCUAAAGAUGAACCAGGGUGCAUAGGUAUUUGUCUCAGUUCCAGAAAUGUCCCAAUCGUCCGGCCAUCCGCCUUCGUUCGCCCGGCGUAUCAAAUCCCCACAGUUAUCAACAACAACUACCCGAAGAAUCCUUCACCGCUUAAGAUUUAUGAUACUUUGAUGUAA